AUUCGGACUUGACUUGGGCAGAACAAGUGGCUGGCAGAUUGGUGAGCUUUUUUCCCGUGAGUCGCGAUUGCAAGUGAAUUUCGUGCUGAAUCUCUUAUCUCCUUCUCUCCCGUCUUCUCUUCCUUGGCUCUUUUGGGGUUUUGUCUCUAUAUCGAGUGUUGUCCGAGUGCUUCGAGUCCACCUGUAGCGAUCCUUCCAAUGGGUGACUGAAAGGCCCCGUGCUGAUCGUGUUAGCUGAGGACUUGAGCCAUUCCCGAAGGAGGCGCACACAUUGACAGCGGAGGAAAGCUGGGCUGAAGACGUGAAAUUGCCUGGAGGGACUGAAUUGUGUUUGUGAGUGUGUGUGUUCUUCUUUUUUUUCACGGAUCCUUUCCUCUUCCGCCUCCUACAAAGUGAGAUCUUCCGUGAUUAGCCCAGUGGCUAUCUGGUGGUGUGAUUGUGGGUGGCAAAGAGUGAACUUUUCAUUGAAUAAGAAGUCACAUCUUCACGACGAACAACUGGAAAGAAGAUUUACCGAACAAGUUUAAUUAGAAUCACUGGCGACUGCUGAAGGCUCAAGAACGGAAUUUCCCUAAUUUUGUGAAAAUGCUGCUGCUGCUCCACAUUGCAGUGCUGCUGCUCACCUUCGGCACAGAUUAUGGCAAAGCAGUGGAUCCAAUUGGAACCGGCGGCCCCACGAUAAUCAACGAGGGUUCCGAUGCUCUCCUGACCUGUGUCAUCAUGGGUUCCUACGCCAAUGACACCGUGCUGUGGCGAAAGGGUCCCAAUGAGAUCCUCUCGGCCGGGAUUAGUCGUGUCACGAGCGACAAGAGGAUCAGCAUCCUGCACGACGACUCGCCCAAAGGACGCACCCCAACAGGUGGGGACGUGUGGGUGCUGCUGAUAAGGGAUGCCAAGCCCACAGACACCGAUGUCUACGUUUGCGAAGUCAACAGUGAGCCGGUGUUGCGUAGUUUUCAUCCCCUUAGAGUGAAGAGUUCAAAUGCCACCGCAAAUUCCACGUCCGGCGAGGAGGAUUCCAAUUCGGCGGAACAGACAACACCAGUCACGGCGCUCGUUCACGACUUCACCGACUGCUGCGCGACCAGGAAUGUGUCCAGCAAGUGCAUCGGCUACUGCACGGUGCACAACAUCCUGGAUGGCACCACGGGCACUGAUCCUGAAUCCUGCGAGGCGGAUUUUCCCAGCAUUGUCAAGUGUAUGGCUGACGGACGGAAUCACAUGCCGUGCUGCGAGAAGCGCGGAGUUCCCGAUCUGUGCCAGGACAUGUGCAGAGGCGAAUAUACGCCGUUCACGGACUAUCUCAAAUCGCGCGUCUCGUGCGCUGCUCACACUCUGCCGGCGCUGCAGUGCAUUCUGCUGGGCAUCCAGAGACUGCCCAGCGAGCCUCAGAAUGUCUAUGUGGAGCCCUUGAGUGAGAGGUCACUGCAAGUGGGCUGGACAGCGCCGGCCAAGCUCGCCAGCACUGUGAAAACCUACCAGGUGAACGUGACGCUGAUGCACAGCUUUGACCAAGACUGGCUGGCCAACGAGACGUCCUCUCUGGGCGUCACAGUGCCCGGGAAUCUGGACACGGCGGUCAUCAAUGAUCUCAAGCCCUUCACGAUGUACUCAAUCAUGGUCACGGCCAACAACGAUCAAGGCUCUAGUCUGCCCAGCUUCAGGGUUCGCGCUCUGACUCUCGAGAGCGGAGUUGCGAAGCAGAAGAACGUGGCGGAAAUUCCCAUGCUACCAGAUGUUCGCGGCUGCUGCGAGAACGCCGGCAUGACGCACCGGACAUGCCUGGAGAGGAUGUGUGACCCGAAGAAGGCGGAUUUCACGGAGAUUCCUGACCUGAUGGUGUGCGCCCCGUGGGCCAACAUCACCUUCUCCUGCCUGGCCAACAACGUCGACCACUCGCCGUGCUGCAAGAGCCGCGGCAUCCCCGAUGCGUGCCUGCCGUUCUGCGCCGGAACCGUGAAGACAAUCAAUUUUAAUUUUUUCAAGUGCCUUCAGUACAUGUCAGAGUACAGCAGCUGCCUGCUGCAAGGCUACGGAGUAUUGGCUGGGCCUCCGUCGCGCCUUAAGGCGCCACUGGUGUCUGCCCACUUCGCUGUGCUGGAGUGGAAUGCGCCCAAAGUGCUGCCGGACACUGUCACGUCCUAUCACCUUCACUUGAGGAAGCUGGGCAGUGGCGAUGAAUACACUGUGAUGGACAAGCCACAUCCGCCGAUGAUUCUGGAAGAUCUGGAGGGCGGAACGUACUACGAAGCGUUCAUUGUGGCAGUGAAUGCUCAUGGUAAAGGCGGCCCCUCGCCUCGACUGGUGUUCCAAACGAAACACGCUGCGGAGGAGGAUAAUCAGGUCGUGAGCUACAACAUAACAUCCUGCUGCUCAGUGUCUGGGCUCUUGCCGCAGUGCAUGCCUCUCUGUUCCUAUGACAUCCGCAUGACGGAUCUGCAAGCCCUGGCAGGACUGUGUCAGCCUCAAAUGGGAGUGCUAGUGAAGUGCGCUGCCGGCGGACGCGAUCACUCGGGCUGCUGCUCUCGUCGCGCCGUUCCACCCAAGUGUAUGUCAUUGUGCCAUGGCGUGGUGUCUCAGUCCACGGCUGAAUGCCUGCCGUAUGCCGGAAAUGUGUUGCAGUGUUUGGAAGAGGGAACAGGAAACAUUCCAGGUCCAGUUGAGGAUCUCAGAGCCACAAGUGUGACCAACAACACCAUUUCUCUGGCCUGGGAGCCCUCAGAGGCGGACGUGAACAAUACAGAGGCAAAGGUAGUGGACUAUCUGGUGCAGUACGGGAAGGUAAACAACAUGACCAUGUACGAGACUGUGGUGAAGUUGGAGAAUGAGCUUAAUACGACGGAGACCGACGUGGAUCUGACGAAUCUGGAGACGAGUGCCUUGUACAGGAUUCUCGUGGUGGCGAGAGGAGCUCACGGGGUUUCACUGCCCUCGUCAAUGCUCCUCAUCAACACUUCGAGAGUGGAAUAUGCAGCGCAACUCUUUGGUGCACCCUCACCGCCGCACUCUCUUGCUGUGGCCGCGCACAGCGCCACCUGGGUCACAGUCUCAUGGCAACCGCCUGAAUUCUCGCAUCCGCACGAACCUAUAGUGUACAAAUUGUACCACAAGAGCACUUCGGCCGAUAGGUUUGAGGUCGUGGAGACGCGUCUGCUUUGGGCAAGGAUUAUGAACUUGAAGCCCAACUCGCAGCAUGUCGUGUACGUCACGGCGACAGGCGCGAAAGGGGUGAGUCUACCCUCGGAGACGCUCGUCGCGUGGACAGAUCCGGCCUUGCCGGCACACGUGGAUCCGCCCACGAUCCAUCCCGCCGACAUGGUGGCCGAGGGCGGCUCGAUGACGGUGCUUUGUCUGGCCCUGGGCAACCCCGAGCCCACCAUCAGCCUCUACGUCGGAGGACAUCUCGUGCGGCAAGACACGUCCAGGCACAUGGUCACGGUGAUCCACAACGUGUCAACUGAUAUGGAACACGUCUCCUGCUACGCUGACAACGGCUACGGAAUCCCCAUGCAAGCGUCCAAGAAGGUCAACAUCAGUUAUGCUCCUCGCAUUCAGGCUUCUGAAAUCACGGUGGCUUCAAUUGGUGAGCAAGUGGAUCUCAAGUGCACGGUGAAGGCGAAACCCUCGCCCAAGGCGAUGUUCUGGCGCGAUCACGACGGCAGGGUGCCGGUGAUUCAGGGUGGGAAUUACGAUAUGUCCUUGACAACGGAUCCCGACGAUCCAUCGCUCUACACCAUGAUUCUGCACAUCACAAAGCUGGGCGGAUCUGACAUCGGGGACUACUAUUGCCAUGCCCAGAACGCUCUGGGCUCCAUCACGCGCGCCGUGUCGGUGAGGAUGCGCAACACGCCGGCCGUGCACAACAUCUCCGAGUGCUGCAUCGCCCAGAACGUCUCCGCGGUGUGCAUGUCCGCGUGCAGCUUCUACAUUGACAUCGACGUGGUGAUCGACCGCCCGGAGUGCAUUGUGGACUUUGACAAGCUGAUGAAAUGCGCAGCUGAUGGAUCCGAUCACAGAGCUUGCUGUGCCAGCCAGGAAGUGCCGAGGAAGUGUCUCAAUUGGUGCCGCGGAGAGCCACUCGGGAACGGUCAGCUGUGUCCGGUGCAGCACACCAGGACCAUUAUUGGAUGCUUCCAGUCCAAUAGGGAUUUGCUGCCUGGUCCGCCCCAGAACCUCGCCGUGACGAUCCUCUCCAAUGAGGAGGUCAUGGUCCGCUGGGAUCCUCCGAUUAAGAAUCCGCAGACCGUCGAGGGCUACCGGGUGUUCUGGCACGACGUGAAUCCCAGCACGGAGAGUCUGCAGAACACAAUCAACGGCCUGGGCACGAGUCGCCUGGACGCGAAGGAGACCAGCAUCCGGAUUGACGGUCUCAAGCAGCACGUGAUGUACGAGCUGGUGGUGAAGGCGGGCAACCACCAGGGCGCCAGCGUCCUCACGGAUCCCCUGCGCUUCACCCUCGGCGAUCAUCACGUCACGUCGGCUUCGCACGCGGGCAGCGCAGGCACGAUUAGCGGCGUCUUCGCGGGCAUUCUCGCCAUCGGCCUGGCCGUGGCGGCGAUCUUCCUGUACAAGCGCCGCCGCGGCAGUCUCAAAGCCGCCAAUGGCGUGGCCUUUGAGAAUCCCAGCUAUCUUCGUGAGGUCAACAUGGAGCACGUUCACAUUCCGGCCGUUUCGGGCGACUCAGCGGGUGAUGCUGGGUGGCGCCAGGAGGUCCUGCAGACGCCCGCCGGCACGACAAAUGUGGAGCAAAACGCCGUGGUGCCGAUGGCCACGGAGGUCAAUCCGACGCUGUACGAGGAGCUGAAGCUGGGACACGAGGGAGCGGGAUUCAAGAGGCUGGUGUCAUAGGACACGGUCACGAGCAGUGCGUCAGUAGAGAAAUUUUAACGUGUGUUGCGCGACAGCACGAAAAAUUGUCCGUAUAAGAUAAUAAUUUGAUGAAGCGAGAAGUGAGAGAGAGUGAGAUAUUUUUCGAGCGGAGAUGUCUUUCAUGGAUGCAAUAGAGAAGCUAGAGAUUACCAAAUUACACAGAGAGAAAAUCCACAUAUGUACACAAAUUAUAAAUGGAAGAUAUGAGUGUCUAACUGAGUAACGCAGAGUCCAUGUUAAAAUAGGAUUAAAGGGGCAGAGGAAACACAUCAAUUCAUCUCAAUCAUCUUCACCGGCAGAGCCAACAGAUAGCAAGUUGAUGGAUAGAGGUAAAAUUUCAAUUUUCCACCUCCCGCAGCCCACUGAUAACCUUCUUAUCGUGUCGGCUGUUUGAGGAUGUGUGAAGGGUGAAAAUGGCACAUUUCCACAGAUGAUUGAGACUAUCAUUGGAAGCUCAUCUCUAGUCAUGGUGUGAUUAGUCUUAAGUGCUACUAAACUUCACACUGGAUUGAUGAUCUUCGUCCGGUGCUUAUCCAGGAGAGGAAGAAGAAGUAAAAACUCGACAAUGGUGCUAAGAACACAAUUUUACUGUAUCUGUUCAUAUCCAUUUCUCUCUUGGCCUCAAAUCUCUGAUGUUUAAAUUAAAAACCCUUCCCGAGCAAUUCUCCCCCUCCCAUUUUGGCUGCACACACACAGUGUCUCUCUCUCUUGAUGAGGGCAGGUCAGUAUUUGAGUGUUGUAGAUUAAGUACUUAAGAAUUCGAGCUUAGCUUGACACCAUCAACGCUCAGAGAGACACUGAUUAACGAGUUUCCCUGUCUUUUUUCCCCGAGUUUCAACGUGUGAAAUCAAUUGAAAAGUCCGGUGUACAAAUUAGUUAGGAUUCGCAAAGAAUUCUCAGAGGAAAGUCACAAUGUUACAUAGUUAUAUAGAUGAACUGCAAGAAAAAAAUACCUUCUAAGAACUUCUGUAUUUCACUGUAAAAGUUUCCCUCCCCCCACCCCCAUACCCCAGAAAAUACAACCACUAAAAAUAGUAAAUUGAUGUUAAACACAUGACUUUCAAGCAUGAGAAGAAGUCCAUGAGAAUGUCUGUAUUUUAAGGUGAAAAAAAAAUAA